AGCUGUUUCGGUAUCCGGAGUCUUGUACAAUCAGCUGCGACCGCGAGUCUUCCCAAAUCCCAACUCUCCAAAUCCAACCGCGACCCACCGAAAUCAGCUUCUUCUUCUUUUUCUUCCUCCUCCUCGGAAAGAUCGCAACUUUCUCUGUUAAACCCCUCCAUCUCCAGGUCUUCUUCACACGAGAUCAACUGAGCCAGAACCCAUUACUUGCCAUGCUUUGCAGAUGUCGCCCUCGCACAGAACUCUAGCUUCCCGUCACUCCAUCGACUCCUGCGCCGUCCAGCUCCACUCGUGGAGGCCGUUCCACCCCAAAACCCUCGACUCCGAUCACCCACAGAUACCCAACUCCUCCUCCAAUGGCGGCGGCGUGUUCCACUCCAAGCGGCCCUGCCUCUCCGAUCGGUUGACUUCAUUCUCGAUCGACGCCGCCCUCGACAUGUCGAGGCUGAGUCUAUUCGAUGACGACAGGCCGAUCGUCGAUGUGGGAAAUUCGAAGCGGAGAGAGAGCCUCCAGCUGAUCGCGAGGAAGCGGAGGCGGAGGGGGUCGAGGUCGGUGUCCGGGCGGAGCAGCGAUCGGAGCGGGACGCGGCGGUGCUGCUCCGUCGGGGCGUCUGCCGCAGCGUCUGAUUUCCCGAUGGCGGUGGGGACGGACUCUAGCGGGGAGCUGUUUGGCAAUGGGGAUUGGGCGUCAGACGUGAGCGAGGCGCGGAAUAAUAUCGGCCCAAGGAGGGACAAAGAUGGUGGUGGAGGAGGGAGUGGGGAGAGGGAGAAUGUGGGCUUAGGGUUUGGGCAAACUGGGAAUUUUGGGGAUGUGGUGCCGGGGAACGAGUCGGGGUACGGAAGUGAGCCGGGCUAUCGCGGUGACGCCGAGUUUGGUUAUGGGGAUGAAGUGGAUGAGGAGGAGGAGGAUGCUAGGGCAUUGUUUUGGGGCCACCAAUUUGGAGAUUCGAAAAUGGAGAUGGUUGGUGAGAACACAUUCACGGAUCAGAAGGCUCAUCACAGAUGCCGGAGGAAGAAGCACGACUUUAGAAUGGUCGAACCUUCCAGAUAUAGCUAGUCUCUCUUUUGGGUGAUCUCCUUAUUCCAUCACCCAGCGUCUAGUUUUCGUAAGUUCACUGGCUUUUGGUUGGAGCAGGGUUUUGGUUUGAAAAAUUGCCUCAUUGGAUAUAUUACUCUAUGCAUGAGAAAAUAGUCAAUGUAAGCGCAAUUUCUCAUUUUCAUGGCCAAAAGCCUAAAUGGGUUUCUUAAACAGUGAGUUGAGAGUGAUUUAAUCCUAGUAUUUCCAUCUGUAAGGAGAACUGGUAAAGAGACCCCAGUGUUGUCGUCUUGUAAAUGACAUCCGUCAGGGAAAAGCUAAUUUUGUA